AUGGCGUCCGUAAAGGUGGUGUGUCUUAUCGCUUUAUUCGGGUGUGCUCUAGCGCAGCCCUCGAAAAAUGGCUUCUGGAAGGGGACGCCUAUGGACGGGAUGGUUGAAGAAAUGAGGUCCGGCUGCACCGAAGGAUCCGACCCAACGGCUUGUAUCAAGUACAAGGUUAUGUCGUUGUUGGACAGCAUCUUCAAGAAGGACACCUUCCAGAUCUCCGAAGCCGUAGAAGUGACAAAGAACGGCAACGAAGCCGCCGCUAGAUCGAACGGUGACUUCCUCGACAGCAUCGAAAGCUAUAUCCAGUCCCACGAUGUCACCUUCCAAAUGCCCAUCGCCGACACCAAGAUCACCGUGAGCCCCAGAAACUUGGAGAACGAUGAACUGAGCUUGAACAUCAAAUUCAACAAGGAAGGCGCGAGAGCCGUUGGCGAAGCCCGUAAAGCCAAGCUGAAGAAGAUCAUUGUACCAAUUCUGGUCUUCGUGCUCUUAAAAGCUAUGACUCUUAUUCCCUUAGCCAUCGGAGUCCUCGGCUUGAAGGCCUGGAACGCCCUACAGCUCUCCUUCUUCUCAUUCGUCGUAUCCGUCGCGCUGGCAAUCUUCCAGCUUUGCAAGAAGUUUACCCAGAUCGCUGCGGACAACUCCCACCCCCAAAUAGCCGCCCAUGGGCCUUGGGAUGCCGCCUACGCUGCAACCCGUCGCAGGAGAGACGCUGAGCCCCAAGACCUCGCCCAAGAACUAGCAUACAACGCCUACCAUUAA